UGUUGAUAUAUCUUGCAAAAUAAGACUGUUCUCAAUAUGUCACCAUGCUGUUACAGAUUUCCCUCCCCCCAUCGUAACUGUCCAUUAUUUUGGGCUCCAAGAUUUUUCCUGUUUUCCUUGUGCCUCGCUCCACAUUGCCACUCUUACGUUCAUGAUGAAGUUUGAUGACCUGUUAGCAGAAGUGAACGGCUUCGGGCGGUUUCAAUGGAGGAUAAUGCUAAUGUUGGUGAUUCCUCGUCUGAUUUUGCCUUUUCACUUUCUGCAGAAUAAUUUCGCUGCAUUUAUUCCUUCUCACCAUUGCAACAUCAGUGCUUUUGAUGAAGGGGAUGUUUUUAGGGAUCUUUCCAGUGAGGAAAAGCUCAUUGUCAGUAUUCCAGUCGAGGAAGAUGGGAGCUUUAGUUCUUGUCAGAUGUUUGCAGAGCCUCAAUAUCAUCUGUUGCUGAAUUCCUCCAACACUACCAUGUUACCGACUGUACAUUGUCAGAAUGGAUGGGUGUAUGAUACGUCCAUCAUGAAGUCUACUCUGGCCACAGAGUGGGAUCUGGUUUGUGAGCGAAAGAGACUGAACAAAUCCACAGCCACUAUUUUCUUCUUGGGCGUCAUGUUUGGAGCGGCAGUCAUUGGCCAUCUCAGUGACAGAUUUGGCAGAAAAAUCAUGCUGUUGGUGUCUUAUCUGAUCACCUCAAUUUUUGGAUUCGCAAGUGCUUUGUCAAGUAGUUAUGUCAUGUUAGCAGUCAUGCGGUUCUUGACUGGCUUUGGAGCUUCCGGAGUCAGCAUAGUCAGCGUGGUUCUGUCUAUCGAAUGGGCGGACAUCAAGCAUCGGUCUUCUCUGCUCAUUUUAUUAAGCAUGGACUGGAGUUUUGGCGGUGUGCUGCUUGGCGCUCUCGCCUAUUUAGUAAAUGACUGGAGGUACCUGAUGGCUACAUCAACCAGCCCGCUCUUGCCAGCACUCAUUUAUUGGUGGUGGAUUCCAGAGUCUGCCAGAUGGCUGGUAAGCCAGGGAAAAAUUCACCCUGCAUAUUUUUACUUAAGCAAGUGUGCCAAGGUAAACGGCAGAAAGCAGUUUAUGGAUGACCUAAAACCUGAGGAUUUGUUAAAAAUAACUGCGCUAGAAAAUGAAAACAAGAAAUAUUCCUUGUUGGAUCUGGUGAGAACGCCGAAAUUGAGGAGACUGACCGCAAUUGCUGGCACUGUGUGGUUUGGAGUAGCUUGCAGUUACUACGGCAUCAGCUUGAAUGUCUCUGGAUUCGGCUUAAACAUUUUUGUCACACAGUUGAUGUACGGCUUCAGUGAAGUUCCCGCCAAAAUUUUCUGCCUUUUUUCAAUUAACAAAUUUGGCCGAAAGUUUAAUCAGAGUGGUGGACUUCUUUUGACUGGAUUGUGUUUGUUUUGCAACGUGAUUAUCCCGCCUGAUAUGGCAGCAUUUCGGACAGCAGUGGCCGCGAUAGGCAAGAUGUUUUCAGAAGCAGCUUUUACUGUUUUGUAUUUGUACACAACAGAAUUGUAUCCGACAGUAUUGAGACAAAAUGGUUUUGGCUUCUGUUCUUUCCUCGCCCGUCUUGGUGUGGCAGUAUCGCCGCUGGUGGCUCUUCUUGAGGAAGUGUGGGUUGGUUUACCAAGACUCCUAUUUUCCAUGAUGGCUUCCGGUGUUGGGUUGUUGACGAUCCUCCUUCCUGAAACAAAUAACACCCGCCUCCCGGAGACAAUUGAAGAUGUGGAACAGAGCAAAAGACUAGCCUCCACAUCUACCACGAAUGCUCCACCAUAAUUUUUGCAAUUGCUACGAAACACCUAAGAAAACACCUGAAGAACAAUUCUCUUUGAUAACUCCGCAGAUCACACGGCACAGGGUUACGCUGACAACUGUAUGGUGUGCUAUAUGAGUCAAUAAAGAUUCCGAAAAACAAA